AAAUAUCAAUGAGGGAGAUGCUGCCAAGUUUUGGAGCACACAAGAGGGAAUAGGUCUUCUGUUAACAUAGAGUAGACCAGGCAGAUCUGCACUGCUUCAUAUGGUAACGUUAAUAUCUUUUCUAGAGAAGAUUUUAUUUUAUUUAAUUUUAACUAAAUAUUUUUAAACAUUGUCCACUGUUCAUUCUCUUAAGUAUUUAUACACUGCAGUAGGUUAUUAGGAAGUGUGUUCCUUUAAAGUUUAGGUAACUAAAGCAUCUGUCAUUCAGUCAUUCUGUACAGCUUAACAAUACACUGGAACUGUGUGUUUGCCCAGGUGAGUCUUUUCAUGUGGAACUCCGCAGAAAACAUGCCAAACAAAUUCAUCAGUAUAACAAUACAUGUUCCUUGCAUUUCCACACUCAUUUGAUUUCAAAGAUAUUUAUCUUAACAGGAUAAUAAUUUGUGAAAGUCUCUGACAUUUGUGGCUAGCUAGCAUGAUAAUAAAUCCAUGGCUUGGAACAUUUUUUAGUUAAUUAGAGUCAAUCAAUCCAAACUUUGCUCACUUACCGGUGUGAAACCGGAGUAUAAUGAGCAGAAAUCAGCAUGGUGAUUGGAAAACACAAAUUACAGCUGUUAAAGAGAAACUCAUCCACUUUUCUUCUGUUGAUGCCAAUGCCUGCUGCGAGGAUUUAAAAUUAGCAUGGCAUUCCUUUAAUGGAUGUUGGGGGAAUGUGCUCCUCUAUAAUUAAAAAACUUGUUAAUAUCCUCGUAGGUUAAAAUAAGAGGGGUUAGUAUGAUUAUAUGACAACUCUUUAAAAGGACAUCUUGGUCAGUUGACUGUUAAACCAAAAAAUGCAUUUAUUUAAUUUUGUUUUAUCAUGAGACUAGUGUUUCAAUGGAAAAAUAUACACCUAAACUGCUUAAAUAGAGUAUAUGCUAUUUAUAUGAUAUAUUAGUAAUUUAGUUUUCCUGUUUAUGUGUAUUAUGAGCAAAUGAAGUAACACUACAUAAUGGUGUGUGACCAUAUCAAUGAGGUGGUCAGCACUGCUACUUCAGUAAGAUCAUGUGGCAUAUUAAUGAACUUCCCUGAUAUAUAUGGGACAGUCUUUGCUGUUAAAGGCUGCGUAUAUCUCUAUGGUCAGGCCUACAUUCAUAUUAUUCUCGACAUAUUCCAUGCACCUUACAUUCAUGGUGUAAUGAUGUGAGUAAUAACCUGGUGAUGUUAACAGCACCCUACAAUAGGACCCUUAUCUAUAGUAUGAUGUGACACGGCUGCUAGUGGCCACAAUGUAUAUGACCUCACCGCUGGAUGUAAUUUCCUCUCAAGAGCUCUUGGAAAGGGAGAGCUUAUGUUGUUGAGCUCAUGUCGUCGGGGCUGGUAACAGCAGCUUGCCAUUGUAUUAAUUAUUGUCAGGGAAUCCAAGGGGUGUAGAUAAUACAGAAUGCACUGGUUGGUCCCAUUUGUUUCACUUGUCAGUGGAGUGAAUAAUUGGGAGUGCUGACCAUAUUAGACACAGAGAAUUUUUAAAACGUACGACACAACAGUUGCAUCACAAAAGUAUGGCUUGGAAAUUAAAAAGCUUAAUGUCUGAGAAUUUCAAAUCAGUAUGGAAUAAUUUGCUGGUUUCCCAUUGCCAAAGGAAUUUACUGAAGUUAAACUCUGACAACAGUAAUUCUGAUUCACAGUGAAACAUACAGUGUAGAAUAUUAUGCUGAACUAGAAAAAUCUUGUUUGUUAUUGUAUUUUACAUUUUAUUUUUCGAAGAGGGACUAUACAUGGUACUUAACAUUAUAUUUCAUAAAACUUUAAAGCAUGCUGCAUUUGCUUCUCAGAUAAGUGUCAGAUAUUUUGCACCCCAACUUCAUUCUUCAAAGGCUUGAGAACAUUGAUACAGUUUUAGUAGAAGGUGGUUGCUAAUACAAUGGGGCUCAUCUUGCAAUUCUCCCAAGGAAUAACUAUCAGUCCUGCUACAGCAGCUUCAGCGUCCCUAGGUGACCGCGCCACUGAGCCCGUGCUCGCUCUAUCGCACCCCACUCCACGCCUGCUGCCACCCUGAAGGUAGAUGCAUCACGCUGGGGAGACUGUGCAACAGCAGCCCCCUCUCCCACCAGCCCCCAAACCUCCUCCACAGCACAGUGGCCUCCUGCGGCCCCUACACAUCUCCGGGUCUCCACUACAACCCUGGUCCCAGCAGCCCAGACUCUCCCUCAGAAAGCACAGCUCCCUCUCACACUCACACACUUCUUGUUAAUUCAGAAGAACAAAUGAUCAACGUCAACAAAUAACCUGAAAUAGUGACUUUAUGAGUUGGAAUCAAUGGUUAUUUUGAGGCACCACCGACCAUAGACUUUAAAGGAAAGGACAUUUCUUAAAAGGAGAACAAAGGAAAAUUCAAGUGAGAUUAUUGGGAACCUGAAGCUUACUACUUUCUCUUUUUGUCAAGAGCUGAAGUCAGGUGGCGUUCACAGUCAGGAAGUCAUGUCCAGAUCGGGUGAUAGAACAUCCACCUUUGACCCAACACACAGUGACACCUUGCUGCACGGGCUCAAUCUCUUAUGGAGAAAACAGCUUUUCUGUGAUGUGACUCUCACUGCCCAGGGACAGCAGUUCCACUGCCACAAAGCUGUGCUGGCAUCCUGCUCCCAGUAUUUCAGAUCUCUCUUCUCUUCCCAUAAUGUAAUCAACAAUGAGGGGAGCAAAGGGGACCAGGGCAGCAGUGGGACCCCCUCAUCCUCUCCCGAUGACAAGCUGGUGACCCCCAGCGCCAGGCCCAUCAAUAACCUGGUACUCCAGGGCUGCUCCUCCAUUGGACUACGAUUAGUGCUGGAGUACCUGUACACUGCCAACGUGACUCUUUCCCUGGACACAGUGGAAGAGGUGCUGUCAGUCAGCAAGAUCCUCAACAUCCCCCAGAUUACCAAGCUCAGCGUGCAGUUCCUCAACGACCAGAUCUCUGUGCAGAACUACAAGCAGAUCUGCAAGAUUGCCGCACUCCAUGGACUGGAUGAGACCAAGAAGCUGGCCAACAAGUACCUGGUGGAGGAUGUGCUGCUGCUGAACUUUGAGGAGAUGUGUGCCAUGCUAGAUGCUCUGCCACCUCCGGUGGAGUCAGAGCUGGCUCUAUUUCAGAUGUCAGUCCUCUGGCUGGAGCAUGACCGUGAGACUCGCAUGCACUAUGCGCCGGACCUUAUGAAGAGGCUGCGCUUCGCCCUCAUACCUGCUCCAGAGCUGGUGGAGAGGGUGCAGUCUGUUGACUUCAUGAGGAGUGACCCUGUGUGCCAGAAACUACUCCUGGAUGCCAUGAACUACCACCUGAUGCCCUUCAGGCAGCACUGCAGGCAGUCCGUGGCCAGCAGAAUCCGUUCCAAUAAGAGAAUGCUGUUACUGGUGGGUGGUUUGCCUCCUGGACCUGAUCGUCUCCCCAGCAAUUUGGUCCAGUACUAUGACGAUGAGAAAAAGACAUGGAAGAUCCUCACAAUAAUGCCUUACAACAGCGCCCAUCACUGCGUGGUGGAGGUGGAGAACUUCCUGCUGCUGCUGGGCGGAGAGGACCAGUGGAACCCCAAUGGAAAGCACAGCACUAAUUUUGUCAGCCGCUAUGAUCCCAGAUUCAACAGUUGGAUACAGCUGCCUCCUAUGCAGGAGAGGAGAGCCAGUUUCUUUGCCUGCCGCCUGGAAAAGCACCUGUAUGUGAUUGGUGGUAGGAACGAGAGCGGCUACCUUUCCAGCGUGGAGUCCUACAACCUGGAGACGAAUGAGUGGAACUACGUGUCGUCUCUGCCGCAGCCUCUGGCUGCCCAUGCAGGAGCAGUGCACAACGGCAAGAUCUACAUAUCAGGAGGAGUGCACAAUGGAGAGUAUGUGUCCUGGCUCUACUGUUAUGACCCUAUAAUGGACGUGUGGGCUCGGAAACAGGACAUGAACACAAAGCGUGCCAUUCACGCCCUAGCUGGAAUGAAUGACCGCCUAUAUGCUAUUGGUGGAAACCAUUUGAAAGGUUUCUCCCAUCUAGACGUAAUGUUGGUGGAGUGUUACGACCCGAAAGCUGACCAGUGGAACAUCCUGCAGACGCCCAUCCUGGAGGGUCGCAGCGGCCCAGGCUGUGCUGUUUUGGAUGACAGCAUCUUCCUCGUGGGAGGCUACAGCUGGAGCAUGACUUCUCUACCCCGUCUGUGGCACAGGGGGCUUACAAGUCUUCUACCAUCUGCUACAGCCCAGAGAAAGGAACAUGGACAGAGUUGGAGGGAGAGGUGGCAGAGCCCUUAGCGGGCCCAGCCUGUUCCACCGUCAUACUGCCUGCCUGCCUUCCCUUUAACAAAUGACAACUACUCCAACGGAUGGGCAGAAAGGGCGAGGAGCAGCAGAGUGAAUGGGGGGAGGACCAUCAAUAAGCAAAACAGUUGUCAACAAUUUUGUGACAAACCCACCGGUCAGACGACGGGGGUGUGUAUAAAUUAUUUUUUUACAGGUUUGACCAGAGCACUUUCGUUAUUCCCUACUGAAGGUUUGAAAAAAAAAAGAAUAAUUGUGUAACUCAUGUAUUUAAGCUCAUCUGUGUGCUGAGAAAUGGUCAGUUUCAUACUUGAUUUAAUUUAAACUGAUAGUAAGUGUUUUUGGCUUCUCUUCUAUAGCACGCAUAGUGUUGAACUGAAUUAUAGCUUUCAAAUCCAUUGUAUCUUGUAUUCAGUAGAGGCAUAAUUCCAGCAAAAUGCAGUGUUGUUUAAUGGACUGAGGCUGGGAGAAAAGGUGAUCAGUCCCAAGUUGUCAUGGGGUUAAGUUAAACUAGGGCUGGGUGAGUUAGAUUAACCGUGAUGAUCAAAGUGUAUAAAUAUUCUUCAUUGUUCAUGUUAUAACUCAUUUUUCAUGUGCACCUAUCCCGCUGUAUCACCUGGCCGGAUCAUUAUGCAACUGUUUUGUUGUCUUUCUCUGAAAAUGAACAUAUUUACGUGUCUGAAACUUUUCCUAACUGCAGCUGUCAUUACUUAACUGACGUGGUAUGAAAAGUACAUUGUAACUCGACCUGCAAGCAGGUAUACUGGGUUCCAAACACUGUAAACUCUGUAAAAAAGACACAAUUACACAAUGAUCUUUAUGAGGAUGUGUCCAUAUCACCCAGCCCUAAUUUUUAACAAAUUAUCUUAAUAAUUUACACCCUGACUGAAGUCGUGUUUCUGUAUAACUUGUCAAACACAGAGUUCCUUACAGGUUAUCUGCUUGACAGAAAAAAUCUUGCCAAAUAUUUGUGGCAACUAUUCUUCAUGCUGCAAGCAAAACAAUGAAAGGUUUACAAUUGAUUCUUAAAUAUUGAUAUGACGCACUAUGUUCACGUUACUUAUACAAUGAUGGUACAAUCAAGUUGUAAUUGCUAGCCAAUGUAUUUAUGGGUAGCAUGUUUGGGUAAAUAGAUGGAGAGGACAUUAGUUUGGUUUUUCUCCUUCACAAGUUACCGCCAACAGGCCUGUUUAUGAGGUAAAAGCAUUACCUUGAUGGGAUUUUAAUCUUUAAUGUAUGAAAAACAAGCAUACAGCAGUCCUUUAUGCACUAAUAGUGAACUUUUAAUUCAGCAAACAAAGUUCACUAAAAUGUAAAUUAAUCAAUGUGCUGUGUUUAAAAAAUGUCUUCAGUACAAAUGAAUCUCAGUCUAGUCUACGUUAUUAGGUUCAAAAAGUUGACUCUAAAUAUUGAUGCAGUACCUGUUGAAUUCUGUAAAGAUUUGUUGAUUUCAUUCUUGUACAUAAUCGCUUGCAGUGAAACAUUUUUGUGCACUCAACCUUGGAUUUAUUCUCAAAUCCUGUUAUGUCCUUUGCAUUUUAGAAUAUGAAAAUAAAUUGACUCUUGAUGAUUAAAA